UCCGCCGUUUCCCUCCGAUGCUGGUCUGGGUGCCAUGGCAACCAGGAUGAAGCUGAAGCUGAAGACUGUGUUUGUGCUCUACUUCAUGGUGUCACUGAUGGGCUUGGUCUAUGCUCUGAUGCAGCUGGGCCAGCGCUGUGACUGCUCGGAGCACGACCUGCCCAAAGAUCGAGCCAUAUCUCGCCUGCGUGACGAGCUCUAUCGCCUUCAGGCUCAGAUCAGGAAGCUGGAGGCGACGAAGCAGCCCCAGAACCAGCCGCCCAAGUCCUCCCUGCCCACCAUCUUUGUCAUCACCCCAACAUAUUCGAGGCUGGUUCAGAAGGCGGAGCUGACCCGCCUGUCCCAGACGUUCCUCCACGUCCCUCAGCUCCACUGGAUUGUCGUGGAGGACUCUCCGCGCAGGACGCCUCUCGUGGCCGAGCUCCUGAGGACGAGCGGCGUGACGUUCACGCAUCUCUACGUGCCCACCGCCAAGGAGCGCAAACUGCAGGAGGGCGACCCCAGCUGGCUGAAGCCCCGCGGGGUCGAGCAGAGAAAUGAGGGACUACGGUGGCUCAGAGAGGACAGAAGGGACCAGAACCAGCAGGGAGUGGUUUACUUUGCUGACGACGACAACACAUACAGCCUGCAGCUGUUCGAGGAGAUGAGGAACACUCAGCGGGUGUCCGUUUGGCCGGUGGGGCUCGUUGGUGGCAUGAAGUACGAGAGCCCCGUGGUGGAAGGUGGGAAGGUGGUUCGCUUCCACACCGGCUGGCGGCCCAACCGGCCCUUCCCGAUGGACAUGUCCGGCUUCGCCGUGUCCCUCAGGCUGGUCCUGGCCGAGCCGAAGGCCUGCUUCGACGGAGAGGCGCCCAUGGGCUUCCUGGAGAGCAGCUUCCUGAAGGGUCUGGUGACUCUGGACGAGCUGGAGCCCAAAGCUGACAACUGCUCGAAGGUGCUGGUGUGGCACACCCGGACGGAGAAGCCGAAGAUGAAGCGAGAGGACGCCAUGCAGUCGCAGGGACUGGGCUCUGACCCGGCUGUGCAGGUCUGAACAAACGGACAGAGGCACUUAAAUUAACCUGAUUUUAUCUUCCUGCAUUGUAGGUCAGUGAGUUUAAAUGAGUGUAUACAGAGGGGGGUUGUGUUGUGCAUCACUGUUGAACGUAGAUGUUUUUUAUUUUAUUUAUUUUUUUAAUUAAAGUAAUUUUUGCAAUAAGUUAAAGAAAACCGUGCAGUUUGAACAGCUGCCUGCAGGGGGCGCCAGAUUCUAACCUUUUAAAGUCGCACACUGUUA